ACUUCUGAUGCACAUCCGUGCCCGUUGAUCGCAUUUUGUCAACGAAAAAUUAUUUCUUGACCAACAUCAACGAAACUAAGCGAGUAUAAUUUUUGUACUUUUACUUCUCUUUCCAUUUCUGGAAUAAAACAAAAACUUAGAAACGGAGGGCGAUUUUCGCGGCGAGCCAACACUGUUGGGUUUCGCGUUGACGACGCUACCCCGAGGCUUUCUUCUUCUGCUCGACUAUAUGACGAUUCAAUGAUCGUCUUCCACUUUUGCAAUUGGUGUUACUCAUGAGUCCGUUUCGCCAUGUCUCUGAGGACCGUAACGAAACCGGUCCAACUGGCGCUUGCUCCGCUUCACUCUUACCGGAGGCAUACCAAAGCGGUUCGGCCCCGGCAAUGUCGUCCUUCCGAUCACACUCGACCAUUGGUCAUUCUCACGGCUCCACUCAACGCAACCCCGCCUCUGUGGUCCAACGGUCCGUGUCUGCGAUAACCUCUCGCCAACACAACCAUCGAGGGGUCAUGAUCAAUGGCAUUGUCGGAAAUGGAAUCUCUGGCAUCUUGUACAAGUGGGUCAAUUACGGUCGCGGGUGGCGCGCGCGGUGGUUCGUUCUCCAGGACGGCGUUCUUUCUUAUUUCAAAAUCCACGGCCCCAAUAAGCUCGUGCUCAAUAGAGAAGUCGAAAGGGGGUCUAUGGUCAUCGGGGAAGAGUCCCUCCGUCGAAUUGCCAGUCACCGCAAUAACCCCUCUCGCCAACGCAAACCCGUCUGCGAAAUCCAUCUCAUGGUGUGUUCAAUACGAGAGAGCAAGUCCGAUGAGAGGAGGUUUUCUAUGAAAACGGGGACGAAGAAGAGGCUACAUUUGAGGGCGGAGAGCAGGGAGGACAGGGACGCGUGGGUGGAGGCAUUGAAGGCCGUGAAGGGUUUGUAUCCACGCUCGCCGAAGAAUGCAGAGAUAAUGGCUCCGCACGAGACGAUGCUAAUGUCCACCCAGAAGUUAAGGCAACGCCUCUUGGAGGAGGGUGUCAGUGAGAUUGCCAUACAGGAGAGUGAAAAUAUUAUGAGAAGCGAGCUCGUGCAGAUGCAUAAACAUAUCAUGGCCCUCAAGCAGAAGCAGAAGCUCCUGUUGGACUCAUUGCGCCAUUUAGAGGCAAAAAAAGUUGACUUGGAAAACACACUUGUCAAUGAAACCCAAAGGCAGUCAAAGGUCGGUGUUGGAGGUUCCCUUACAUCAAAGCAUGGAAAGUUUAGCGAUGGAAGUCCAAGUGAUUCUUCUGACGAUCAAUACAGGCAUGAUCAGUCUGACGAUGACAAUGAUGCAUUCUUUGAUACAAGUGAUAUUCUUUCGUUAAGUUCUUGUAGAGAAAAUGAAUCUGAUUCUGAUUGUGAGGAGACCUCUACCGAAACACAUGACGUAAAUUCGCUUACUGCGAGAUCCAAUUAUCCUCUAGUGACGAGACGAAAGAAAUUGCCCGAUCCUGUUGAGAAAGAGAAGGCCGCCAGUCUAUGGUCAAUAAUUAAAGAUAAUAUUGGGAAGGAUCUCACAAGCGUUUGCCUCCCAGUUUACUUCAAUGAGCCUCUUUCCUCAUUGCAGAAAUGUUGUGAAGACCUCGAGUAUUCUUACCUUCUAGACCGAGCAUUUGAAUGGGGUCAAAAGGUUAGUUUGCUUUCUCGAACAAGAGCUGGUUAUUCACCAAGGCAAUUGCUACAACCCAAGGUUUGUACACAGGGUAACAGUCUUAUGAGGGUGCUAGAGGUGGCUGCAUUUGCAGUUUCAGGGUAUUCUAGCACUCUUGGGAGGAGUUGCAAACCAUUUAAUCCACUAUUGGGUGAGACAUACGAGGCAGAUUUCCCAGAUAAAGGCUUUCGCUUUAUCUCUGAGAAGGUCAGUCAUCAUCCCAUGGUUGUUGCAUGCCAUUGUGAGGGCGGUGGCUGGAAAUUUUGGGGCGACGGCAAUUUAAAAAGUAAAUUCCGGGGUCGUUCCAUUCAGCUUGAUCCUGUUGGUUUACUGACCGUCGAGUUUGAUGACGGGGAGGUCGUUCGGUGGAGUAAGGUAACGACAUCCAUUUACAAUCUAAUUUUAGGAAAACUGUACUGCGACCAUUAUGGGACAAUGCGCAUAGAAGGGAACUGCGAGUAUUCAUGUAAGCUUAAAUUUAAGGAGCAGUCAAUAAUGGAUCGAAACCCUCACCAGGUGCAAGGCGUGGUGGAAGAUAAGAAUGCGAAAACAGUAGCAACGAUCUGUGGGAAAUGGGACGAGAGUUUGCACUGUAUAAUUAAUGACAAUUCUAAAAGGAAAAAAUCCAGCGGGUCGUCAAAACCGUGUCUGCUGUGGAAGCGGAACGAGCCACCCGUCCACUUGACAAGAUAUAAUUUUACCGAAUUCGCUGUUGCUCUGAACGAAAUCACACCUGGAUUGAGGGAGAAGUUGCCACCCACAGAUUCGAGGUUGAGACCUGAUCAGAGAUUUUUGGAGAAUGGAGAGUACGAAAUGGCCAAUACUGAGAAGUUGCGGCUGGAACAGAGACAGCGACAGGCAAGGAGGAUGCAAGAGAAGGGUUGGAAGCCAAGGUGGUUUGUGAAGGACAAAGAGGGAAACGGUUACCGUUACGCUGGCGGGUACUGGGAGGCCAGGGAGAAGGGGAUCUGGGACUCAUGCCCUGACAUAUUUUGCCAAAUCCCAAAUGAAACUGAUCCUGAUCCAACCUCACCUUCCUAAUUCCUCAGCUCUUUCCUCUGUAUGUUACAGAGAACAAUUUUGGAUAAAGCAUCUUCUCACAAGUCCCAAAUUUUCUGGCAGUUCAUAGCUCCGUCUACAGUUGGACAGUUCAGAUGAUAUUGCACAGGCUAGUUUUGUUUUGUUUUGUUUCUUUUUCCCCUCCUUGUUUCAUUGUUAUAUUUCUAAAGAUUCAUUUAAUAUUUGUAUUCUGUUAAGAAUGUUCAUAUCCAUUCUGAACGUCUCGUGAAGUAGCAACUUGAUUUCAGUGUCAUCCUUUCAUGCCAUCGACAUUUUGCGAUUUGUCAGCUUCUAGCCCCAUUGGGUCGGUCUCGUUGGUCUGGUCGUGUAUUUGGUCACUCCCUCCAGCAAGAAAUAAAUACUAUAAUUUUUCAAUACUUUUUUUUUUUUUAAACUUCUAGAACGUCAUUACUGUAGCACUGUAAAUUUAUUACUGGACUAUUUAGCUGUCCGCAUUUUCACAUUCCAUGCUGAAUUUAAAUUUGAAGGGGCUCCACCCAAAAUAUUGACUGA